UUGUCAAAAUCAUUGGACCCCUGAGGCCCAAGCCCAAUUAGCCCAAACAGUCUGAGGGGGGGAUUUUCCCUCCACCGCCAUGGCAGCUCGUUUCGCGAGAUCGAUCGGAGCUUUAUCGUCCUCAGUCGCUCUUAGAUCGGCCGCCGGAAUUGAAACCUUCAGUCAUGGCGCGUUUAAGUCACGAUGUUCAUCUUAUUCUUCCUCUUCUGAGAGUGAAUAUCCUAAGCCUACUAAGAAAAUCACCGAUCGUUUCUCCGGUGUUAUCGACUCCGUCAACGACCAAGGGCAAUUUGAGAACUUGCCAGGGAAGGGGAAACCCUUGGACCUCAAUACUAAUCCUCAUGCUGAUCCAGCUGAAGAUACCUUGUAUAGGAUUCUCUCCAGAAAUAAAUGUGCACCUGAGUGGGUUGAAUUGAACAAAGAAAUAAGAAGUAAUGUAGUUGAUUGGAGAUCAGCACUUAAAAAGGCAUGGACACAUAAAGACUCUGUCGGUGAUUCUAAAUGGAUCGAGGCAUCCGAGUCUCUAAAGCUGCAGAUGCGUGACAUCAAUAACAAGGUUUUCCGAUACAACCUUAUUGUCCCCUUUGGCCGCGAAAUGUUUGGACUCAAGUGGGAGAAGGAAAUUGACAGACUGAAAGAGGAAAGUGCAGGGAGCUGAAAAUUGUCUGUGUCUUGUUGCUGGUGUAGUCUAUACUUGAAAGUGAAACUUCUAUGUACAAGGGUGGUUUCUUGUGUUCUUGCUUCUUGUUCUCCUUUCUAGCUCCUAGUCCAGUGUUAUGAGAAUUGAGGGUUCUCAGUUUGUUGACUUUCUGGGGUAGCCUCUGUAGUCUCUGGCUUAGAAGUUUGAUCAAAGGUUUAACAAUAACAUUCCUAUGGCAUCUCGCUCUACUCGAUACAACAGCAGAAGUUUGAAAAACUGUAGGAAAGGAAUAGCUGUUAUUUUGUUUCUCUUUGGACGUUUCUGUGCAGUGCCAGGUGAUUUGAGCUCC